AUGCCAGCUCUUCUCUCACUCUCCCAACCCCCUUCCCCUCUCCAUCCUCGCACUUUUGACAAGUCAGUCUCAGCCAGCCAAAGCAACUCUGCAGGAGCAGUGCUCUCUCGCUCUGGCUCCGUGGUUGAGUCUGCCUCUCCACCCGCCUCGCCUCACCAGCUCGCUGAUAUCGGCAGAAGAGGCACAUAUCCAGCCACCCACACUCAUACCCCCAACGGUGCUGCAGCUGCUGCUGGAAGCGGCCGUUACUAUGAGGACUAUGGCGACAGUGGUCGAGGGAUGGGGGGAGACGCUCGGGGAGGAGGUGGAGGUGGUGCCGGUGGUGGUGGGAUGCGGGGUGGGAUGAUAGGGGGAAGUGGGCAGUAUGCUGUGGAGCCUCCAGGGUUCAGGGUUUACUAA